UAGUGGUGACAGGCACGCUUUUAUUCGGUAGACUUGAUAGCAGCGAUCACUUUUUAGCGUGUAAAAGGGUUUUACGGCUCGGAAAAUCGAGCGCAUUUAAAGACAAAAAGUAAACAAACCCGUUUCCGCGCUGUGUUUGAGACGCUGUUGGUGGCCAGGCGGUUUGUUUUUUUUUUUUUUUUUUUUGUGCGGCAGCACAGCGGAGCGGAGGAGGCGGGGUCUCGCGCGAGCGGACUGUCCUGCGGAUGCAGCACUUUGACGCAGUUCGGAGCCGUUCCGCGCGAGCGCUGCCAUCUCGACGUCUUGCUGCCGUUGCUUCCGCCGUCGCCGUUGUUGUUGUUGUUGUUGUUGUUGUUGUUGCGGUUGCGGUGCCACCUUGUUACGCAAUGCACAGGUGCAGCCUGUCGUAUUCAGACACUUUUAUUUUAAAACUGAAUGGGGCCAUGACUUUGACGCCUUGCAUGUCAUAAAUACCACAGCAGUAAACCAAGAUUUUUUUUUUCCCUACAAAAUGUAGCUGGAAUGGCUUGCUUUUGUGCCCUUGCUUUCCAAGUCCCAAGGAUUGAAGGCCUUUCUCUCAGCAGACUGAUCUGAGGCUUCCUGCUCCAAGAACAGUUUUCGUUGCUCCUCAAACCGCAGACCUGUGCACCUGAGAGUCUAUGAGCCCCCCGGUUUAUGCUCAGCUGGAUUCGGUGGAAUCGCUGUUCAACGAGCUCCCAUAUAUGUUUUAUCUGGGCCUUUUUUUCGUGAACGUCCUGAUUCUCUACUAUGCCUUCUUGAUGGAGUACAUAGUUCUCAAUGUGGGGAUCGUCUUCCUGCCGGAGGACAUGGACCAGGCACUGGUGGACCUGGGCGUGCUCUCGGACCCUGGCUCAGUUCCCUAUGACACUGACAUUGAGCUGGAUGUGUUUGAGGGGUACUUGGAGUGAAAGACCUUGGGUUUGUGGACCCUGCAGUGAAGACACUUGGAGUAGAAGUACCUGGGCUGAAGAUACUUCUGAUGGAGGUACGGCAUGGAGUGAUGGAACUUGGCAUGAAGAUGCUCCUGGUAGAGUAAAGAUACCUGGAUUGAUGGAACCUGUAGAGGAGGAACCGCUGCCUGGAGUAUUGAGUAUCCAUAAAGGAUGCCAGCACGCAGCAAAGAUGAAUUCAGGUGGACAGCGAUGGACACAAGCUGCCCUUACAGGAAUGUGUUUCUCAGGUGGCUUUGUGAACAGCUGGAAGACUUUUUGGCACCAGAAUCCCUCAUGGGGACUCAACACAUGGCAAAGCAAUACUUCACUUCUGACACGAGAACAGCUGUUUCAUCCUAGAGAUAACCUUUUGGAGACUUUUUUUUUUGCAUCUGCAUCGUUAAAGUACUAAUAACAAUGUAAUUUGCAUCUUCAUUGGGGCUAUGCCCUUUAGAAUGAAAGGGUUGAGAGGGUGCAUAUUUAUAUUUUUAAUGCUUUUGAAUCCUCUUAUAUGCAAGAAAGUGAAAGGAGAGAAUUUCACAAUUUAAAUACAGUAAUAUAGUUUUGGCAUCCAUUGUACAACUGCUCCUUCUUUGCACCAAUGACCAUUUUUGUUUGUGUACAGAUUUUUUUUUUUUUUUUAAAUAAAGGUGAGCUACAGGAAGCCA